AUUCCUUAUUAUAAAAUGAUGGAGAAAUACAUACGAUUUUUAGGACAAGAUCCACGUCAAAAAAGCGAAUUUAGAAAUAUUAUUGUAUUUAUAUUGGUAAUUAGUAUUGCAAGCAUUUUCAUCCCAACGACGCUUGAAUUAUAUAUAUCAUUACGUAACAAGGAUAUGGACGGUGUGAUUGAAUGUAUACCACAUUUUAUCGCAUCUUCGAUUAGUGCCGUUAAACUAUUAAAUUUACAUUUCAACAGACAAAAUUAUAACAUAUUGCUCCAUUUUGUGACAAAAAAAUGGCAACAAUUAAAAUCAACAUAUGAAUUAAAUGCUCUUGAUGAAACAAUCAUGCAAGGCAAAAGAAUGGCACAAUUGUAUCGAAAUACCUUAUUUUCUUUUCUGAUUUUGUUCUUGCUGGUUCCACUAGUUUCUCCUAUUCUGGAUAUUGUUCAUCCAUUAAAUCAAACUCGAUCUCGACAACAACUACUUAGAGUUAAUUAUCUCAUUUUCGACACUGAUGACUAUUUUUUUUACGUAUAUUUACAGUUAGCUUGGGGAUCAAUUAUUGUUGUACUGACUAUAAUCGCUGCUGAUUGGUUCUAUAUUCUUAUAAUUCACUUUAACAGUGGAUUAUUUGCGGUGUGUGGAGUUCAAGUUUUAGAAGCAACAAUGAAUUCGAAUUUAAUUUCUAAAGAUGCGUUGUCUGAGAAUUCGUCGUAUGAAAAAUUUAGAACUUGUGUAAUCAUGCAUAAUGAAGUUAUAGAGUUUUAUAAUAUUUUGAAUGAAAACUGUCAGUAUAGUUACUUAAUUCAGGUUGGAUUAAAUAUGCUGGGCAUGAGUACGACAGCUGUUCAAACAGUUAUAAAUUUAAAUAGACCGGAUGUAGCAAUUAGAAGCGCUGUAUUUUUUGGAGCUAAUCAAUUUCAUUUGUUUUUGCUCAGUCUACCUGGACAAGUACUUUUGGAUCAUUGUGCUAAUUUUGCAAAUGCUAUAUAUGGUUCUAUGUGGUAUGGAACAUCAUUGGAAAUUCAGAAAAUGUUUUAUAUGAUGCAAAUAAGAAGUAAAAAACUAUGUGCAUUAACUGCAGGUGGAUUGUAUGAUAUGAAUAUCGAAAACUUCGGAAUAACUUUUAAAACGUGUAUGUCAUACUUCACGAUGAUAAUGUCGUUGAAAUAA